AUGGAAGCUAGUACUCUUAGUGAAGCAUCGGUUGAUACGCAGCAGUCGUCGUUGGUCGCGGAGGAGUCCCCAGAGGUUGCCACAGGGGAAAGUGUGAAGAAGCCAUCAAAGCCUGCUAAACGUGAUUUUACGCGGCCGACAUUUUCAUCGACUAGGAAGAAUGCCGAGGCAUCUGAUUUAAGCUCGACUAGGGUUAGAGCUGCCGCGACCAAAUCUUCACCUGUCAAUCCAGGUUCACCUCUGCUGAAGAGAAGAAACAGCACUGGUGGGUUGCCAGAGAGGCAGCCUGGCACUGCUCUUCCCAAACGACUGGAUGGUGCUGCUUCAUUUGCUGGGAAAAAGGUUACUCCAUCUGUAUCGGAACCACCAAAGACACCGACCGCCGUGAGCCGACGGUCUUCAUUGCCCUCGGUGAGUUCGAGGAUAUCAGCUCCGGAAGUUAAAAAGACGACCGUAUCAGCGUCACGUUUGUCUGCAAAGCCAGAAAACAGCAAGACGGAUUCUGCUCGGAAGGCCUCGAUCAAGCCGUCAUUGCCUUUCUCAGCUUCGAAAAAGAUCCCAUCAUCGCCAUCAAGCGGUAAUCAUGGGCAUGCCAGUCUACGUAAUGGAACCUCAUCCUCUAAAGCUUCUUCUCCAUCAGCUCGUUCGCCAUCAAUUACUGGUGGUGCAAAAGUCGGGUCAGUGGACAAAGGUUCUUUGUCAGGGCAGAAGAAAUCCUCCCCUUCACAGAGUUCAGAUUCUCAUUUCAUCAUGCUUCCUCAGGUGGAGGUUAAAUCUGGCGAUGAUCUGGUAUGCCUCAGUUAUUGCGUCAAAUUUUAAAUGAUAUCCUUCUCUUCAGUUCCUUGCCGCUUUUUAUGAUCUUAUGUAUCUCCUGCUGGUUUUUUAUUGAUGAUAUGGCGCGCUUUGUUGUCGGACUUACAUUUUUGUGGGGAAAUAUAACCCUGAUAAUCAAUGUUUUGCAUCCUGAGAAAUAAAAUUGAUGACAGUCAUUGACGAAGUAUCACAAUUCCUCUUUAUUUUGAUAUAAUUACGUACUUUUUCAGAGGCUGGAUCUAAGAGGCCAUCGAAUUCGAAGUCUCAAUUCCAGUGGGUUGAACUUGUCUCCAAAUUUAGAGGUAAGGUAUCAUAUUCGUCAUUAGUUGUAGUUCACGAGAUAUUUAUGCAUCUGACGUAAGCAGUCAAAUAAGAAGUUCAGACUCAACUUUUGCAUAUGUGCCAUCCCUGUGAAGGCGAAUGCGCCUUUGACGCUUCCGCUCCCUCUCUUUAGCAUGCAUUCUAUGGCGUUAUUCUAAAACAUGGGAGCGUACCCCCAAAUGGUGCUUCCUGAUCCAAGGUUUAUGGUCUCGUGGGAUGCUUGAAUUAGAGUUCACCCUGUCAUUACAGAAAAAUGGAACAAUUUGCCAACUCUUUAUUUGUGUUUUAGCUUCUCGUUGUUAAUUCAUCUCUAGCACUGACCACAGCAGUCUAUUCAUUGAUGAUGGUACUCACACCUCAAACGAGACAUCCUUUAUUUGCCAGCUAUUUGAAUUGUAAUCAUGCUGUUUUGUGUCCAAUGAAGUGUAAUUAGGUUUUUUAUGUGGUUCAUAAUGAUGUAAAAUUAUAGAAAAAAUCGUGAUUUAUUUUUAUGUGCAUGGGACAUACAAUGACGUAAAUCUACAAACGAAUCGCAACUAUUAUGGGAUUUCUCAUAUAUGCUGGUAUACACACGUUUUCAUGUUAUUUAGGAAAAUAAUCGUGCCUUUGGAGAUGUGGUAUAUUUUUGUAGAUAUUAACUUGUUGACAAUACUUGCUAGCUCAAAAGAAGCAUAUGGUUCCAAGUUUGGGAUCCUGCUUGAGUGUCGCCACCCUUCAAAUUCUCCAAUGAAUGCGUAAUAUAGACACCUGAUUAGUUUUACGAAAACGAUUGUUGAGUUUGAAGUAUGGAAUUGAAGAUAAAAAUGUAGUUAUCUUGUAAAAGGUAGGCGUGAAGAACACUUGGUUGCUUCGUACUUGUCAGGGUUGGCUUCGUUGAAGUUGGUGUCUUUCUAAAAACCUGAGAAAGUAAAUGGGUUGCUACCUUGUUUACUCCGCUUAUGGUGGUUGCACGAGUCAAAAGGGAAUAGUUCUGAAGUUCAUGUUUUUAAUGUAUUUUUUUCAUGGAUUUCCAAAUACAUGGAACUAAUGAAGAAAAAAGGUGAAAGGAAGUAAUAAGAAUAAGAAGGAUCAGGAGACUACGUUGGGAAUAGGAGGGACUUUUUUUGCGAGCUUAAAUCCUCAGUACUAGCCUUUUUUUAUGCUUGCCUUCUUAAUACAAAACUGUAAAUAUAUCCUUAACCUUAAAAAUGAUUGGUUUUUCUAUUUUUGAACUUUUUUUUGUCAUCAGACGGUACCACAGUGACUCACUAGACAUAUCAUGGGUGUCACUGAAGGCCAGGCUAAUUUGUUGAAUGAGUUGUUUCAAUUAGGAGGCAAUCGUCUCUGUAGACUGAGCUGGCCAUGGGGUAGGUGACUUAGCUGAUCCCCUUGUGAAAUGUGGCUUGGGAAGUCCAAAACUCUAAUCGAUUUCCAUGGAUCAGCCCGAACCAAAACCAUGGUUGUUUGGAUUCUCAUUUUGUAUUAGACACUUCCCCAUGAUUUCCCCAUGGCUGGGAAAGGAAAUUGCAUACUUAUGUUUUUGUUUUGUGCCAUUCGUCAGGGUGUGAUUGGCCUUUUCAUGCUUGAUGUUGUUGUUUUCUGUAAACUGUGUGAUUUUUGCUUGCGUGUUGUAGGUUAUAUUUUUCCUUGCUUUAAAGUAUGUAACUAUUCCAUUUUCGGGUUGUGUGCUGCCUUUGUCAAAGCUUAUGUGGGAUGUGCCUUAUAUUUUUUUCUACAGUUUGUUUAUCUAAGGGAUAAUCUCUUGUCAUCUUUGGAGGGGGUUGAGAUUUUAAAGCGAGUGAAGGUACAUUUAACAUUUUUCAGUGUAUUCAAUUUUUCAUAUAGUACUCGACUCUUAUGAUUUUUUUCAGAACAAUUGUAUCAAUUUAUUAAGAUUUAUUUUGAAGGCUUUAUGCAAGUGAAUUAGGUAGACGCAGAGAAUGAGCUUGAGUUUAAAGUGUCAUUCUUUCAUCCAGGUACUUGAUUUGAGUUUCAAUGAUUUCAAAGGACCUGGAUUUGAGCCUCUAGAAAAUUGUAAAGCCCUCCAGGUCAGCAUAUUACUCCUUUUCGUUAUAGAGUUGUAGGAAAAGUGUUUAUCUUCUUAUAUCCUCUUCUAACUUUUCAUGGAUGUUCUAUGGUGUAAAUGCUGAUUAUGCAGCAACUCUACCUUGCUGGAAAUCAAAUCACUUCACUUAUAAGCCUCCCUGAGCUUCCAAACUUGGAGGUGUGUGCAUCUGCUCUGCCUUUAAUAGUUUUCAUCCUGAGUGACUGUCACCAAAAUGGCAAGUGCAUUUAUUCUAUAACGAUUCUCUUUCAGUUUCUCUCUGUCGCCCAAAACAGGCUGAAAUCCCUUUGCAUGGCAAGUCAACCUCGCCUGCAGGUUUGGCUUGCUCCACCUUUUGCUUCUAGAUUGUUAUUCUGUCACUUGAAAGUUGAUUUACUUUAUUUCUUGUCACCCUUAACAGGUGCUGGCUGCUAGUAAAAACAAAAUAUCUACACUGAAGGGAUUUCCUCAUUUACCACUUCUUGAGGUUAGAUUCCUUGUUGUCAUCAUCUGUGGUUCUCUUUUCCAUUUGCAUUUAGUCUGAUGGUUUAGUUUUUUGAGACAACAAUGAGUCUAUUUUAUUUCGUGCGAAAUAUCUUUAUUAAUUUAUUACGUGUAAGGAGGUCAUGUUGAUGACUUGACCAUCGUCUUCAAAGUUAUGAAAUAUAUUUAUUGCUGUACUGCUCCGUCUGAAAUUUCUUAUCAUGGGGAAGUUUAAAUUCAUGAAUAUUAUAUUAAUUAUGAUUGGUCCUAGAAAAACAUGGUGUCAACUAUGUAAUAUUUAUCUUUAUGUAAUAAUGCAGUGCAUAUUUAGACAACUAUGGAUAAUGCAGUGCAUAUUUAUUUAUGUUUUUCUCGAGCAAAAAGAAGGAAAAACGUGCACUGCAUUAUGCAUGCGCCUCUUCUCUUAAAAAGCAAGUACUAGGAUUUUGUUGUACAAUUCCAUUGUAAUCGUCCUAGAUCCAUUUUUUCCCGUAAACCUUCUCAGCAUAUGACCCUUGAAUCUAUCUUUGUCACCCAGGUGUUCCAUUCAAUAUGUUUGUCAUCCUUUUCUUUCCUGCAUUUGUUUGGGUGCAACAGUGAUAUUACAUUGCUCGAGAAUAUGCAGGCAAAAACCUGUUUUAAGUUGUUGUUCUCCAACAUGUAUGCAGCAUUUGCGAGUUGAGGAGAAUCCUAUACUUGAGAUGCCACAUCUAGAAGCUGCUUCAAUAUUGCUUGUUGGUCCGACACUCAAAAAGUUUAAUGAUAGAGGUAAUGUCGAAACCUAUUUAGUCAUUGUUUUUUCCUACUUAUUGAGAAUUUUAUUAUUUCCGCUAUAUACGUAGAGUGCUGGAUUCUACCUGUCUUUAUCUUUAUGUAAUUUUCACUUAUGAUGGUCAGGUUUUCUAUAGUAAGCCAGUCUUUCAACAGAACACAUUUAUAGUUCUGCUGGCUGUAGGACAUCUGGGUGGGUAGCGAGGUCCCGUAUUCACUACCCAUGUGUGCCAGUAAACUGAAAGUUCCUUGGAGGGUUUGCCAAUAACUUUUGGAUUCCCUUAUUGAAAAAAAUAAUUUCGCAUAAAUGUAGGCUCGCUCCUAUUACUUGACAAUUAAUAUGGCAGGUUCCUCAACAGGCAUGGGCUGAAAAAUGGACGACCUAUUUAUAUUCAUUCUUUACGUAGUCAUAAUGUUGCUACACCAUUUUUAUGUAGAUCUUUCUCCCGAUGAGCGAGAGCUUGCGAAGAAAUAUCCUGCACAUGCACCAUUAUGCAUCAGAUAUGGUUGGGAGUUUUCUCCUCCAGAUCGUUCCAUGGGUAAGUAUUUAUCGAGUGUUUUUUUGUCUACUGUAAAAAAUUUCAUGAUUUGUAAUGAAUCAUGUUUGUUUUAUGAUUUUGCUCUCUGAAAGCGUUUACUUCCUUCUCUUUAUAAUUUUGAAAGAGUUUAUGCUACAGCCUUUGUUCCUUUUCAUUGUCUUACUGUUACCCCGGUUUAUUAUGUGCUCUUUUGAUUCAUAUCUGCUAUUUUUCUUGCGGUAAUCAGGACGCUUGAUGACUUUAUUGUUUUUGAAGGUGAAUAGAGGACGCUUUGACUAGAAACAUAAGAAACUCGGGGUUGCGAGGUCCAUUACUUUAAUUUGAAUUUUUUAUGGGCUUUACUCUAUUAUUUUAGAAACAGAGAUGACAUAGUCGUGGCACGAUUGUACUCAUUUACACAGCAUCGAAUCUUCGGAUCACAUAAUAAAAUGUCAGGCAAUCUCUGAAGCUAUCGGAUGAGGGUCAUCCUCUUUUAUUGUUAUGGAGUCGUCACCUGCCAGUGGCUGUACUUCAGUUGACAUAGUAGAAACUCUUCAUUGUGUACCGUUUCUCCACCAUCUUUGUGCAGGAAUCUACUUUUCUUGAGAGAUAAAAUUGCGUACCCAUUUUUCAAAGAUCUUAAUGGUAAAAAACAAUUCUGAGUUUUCUACAAAUUAGAGGAAGUUUAGAAAUUGGUUUGCAAUGUUUUAUCAUGUUCAGAAGUUUUCUCGUAGUCUUUAGCAUGAGAGUCAAGAAUUAGUUUCAGCGAAACUAUAAUGUUCAGUUUUUUGUAACUUUUGAAAAAAUGCUCGCCGUUUUAAACCAACCCGUUUGUUCUAUGAGAAUAGAACCGUUUUUAAUGCACUUUUAAGAGGGUAUUUCUGAAGAAAUAUCUCCACUUGUCUGAAAUUAAAUGGUGAUCUUCCAACUGGGAAUUUAAUUCUUGUCCUAUCACUAGUCUACGAAGGAACAGAAAAUGCAGACUGAGGUGAUAAAUCGGAAAUCAAAGAUCAGCAUAGCUUGAGCACCGAAUUCUUUAACUAUUUCAUUUUUGUGUUUGAGGACCUCCCCCCAUCUGGUGGUCCGAAUGGUCCACCAUGCCGUUAGUGAGCGCUUUAAAGAGGGUGAUAACCGUUCCUUGAAACUCCAGUCAAAUAUAGUGCUUACUUUCCUCCCAUCACAGUCCUUAGAAUAGACAAGUAGCUGAUUCUUUAUGCUCAUUGUCUGAUGAAUGACUUUUGGAGAUUUUUUUGGGCUGCUAGUACCCGAUCUCACACAUAUAUGAUCAAUGGCGUUCUUGAAUGAUCCGCAGAACAUGCAACUCUCUUCAAUGGUUAGUCCAUGGUCAUUAAACCUUUCACCAGUGGAUAAUUUCUAAAUCGUACAUCUCAAAUUAACAUGCUGACUUUGGUUGGGUAUUUUUCCUCAAAAGACAACCUAAAAGAUCCCUUUUGGAUGGUGCUCCUACCGCAGUUUCUUUACUUGCGCUCUAGGCUGUCCAUAAAAUCUGAAAUGGUGCCUAUAUUCCUAUAUUGUAUUUUUUCUAUCUGCACAUGGCUCAGUCCCGCUAUGCCCUGAGUAUGCUGUAUUUCAACAGAUCAGCAAGGAAUCCGUGAAUUCCCAGUUCCUUCCCAUAUUUUUCUUAAGGGCCCUGACUCUACGUGACUUUGAUGAGGCAUAUGUUGCCGUCUUGAAAUUGGAUAGGACAAAGCUGAUUCUGGUCGAAAUAAGUUGAUGUUGGGAACUGUAUCUAUGGACCGGACAGCCAUAUCUCGGUGAUGGCCAUAAUUAUUUCGUAACAGAUGUUCUGGAUUCUUGUAUUUUUGUUAAAUGCGGUUCUGAACAUCUCUGGCACAUCCAUUUGCUGCCAAUGAUUAUACUCGACAUACUCAUGUUUCAGAAUUAUUUUUUGUCACCAUAUUCCUCGUCAAUAAUAUGUAUUCAUCGUAGGAAAUUGGACCUGUAAAUUAAGGUCAUCAUUCCUAAUCAUAUUUAUUUGGUUUUAUUAUCAGAUUCAACAUUUCGCUUCCUUGCUGAAUACUGGAAAAGUCAUUUGCCACCUGGUUACUUGCUUAAGAAGGCCUCAGUUGAACAACCAUUUGAACAAGACGCAUGUCACUGCCACUUUGUCUUUGUCAAGGACUCAAUGGUGAACAAUGCUGCCGAGUUGUGCCUGAAGUAUCAAUGGUUUAUCGGAGAAAAAACACCAACCAAUUUUGUGUCUGUUGCUGAUGCAGUCAGCGAGGUCGGUUCUUGAAAAUUGUGCUGUGGUAAUGUACUUUUUCGUUUAUGUAUUAUUUUACUCUACCGUACUGGUUCUUGGAUAGGUUUACUGGCCAAAACACGAGGACGUUGGCAGAUAUCUUAAGGUUGAAUGCACCCCAGUCUUGGAGGGGACCGAGUAUUCUCCUUUAUUUGCUAUUUCAUCACCAGUUUGUCCAGGUAUAUUGAACUUAUUUCCAGUAUUUAAUACAUUUCUGAUAAGUAAUUCGUUUGUAUUCUUCAAACUUCUUGCAUUUUCACUUUGCUGCCCUUUGCACUUUGAAAUUAAUGUCUUAGUAACAGAUUGCGAUGACACUGUAUCUAUAAGUAAUUCUCGUAAAUUAAAAUUUCAUAUUUCUUGAGGCCAUGCCUCUACCAUAUUUCAAUGUUAGUACAUCGUGAAACUAAGUUUUUGUUUUGUUAUCGGUCAUAACAUGGGAGCUUCUAUGGACUUUUUGCCAAAUGUUGAAAUAUGGAAAUUUUCUAUUUCUCUCUAAGAUGAUGUAAUAACUUCUGAAAUUUCAUUAUAUUCCGGAUUUGUAUCUAAUGACUUGAGGUUUCUGUCAGUAAAUGAUCAUUAUUGUAAUGUAUUUCGAAGUUAGGAAAAUACGUAGUCACAGAUCCAUGGAACCAUUGCUUUAAGAUGUUGGUUGUUGAAUGUAAUUCUCAGGUUGACUCUUCCUGGGCAUAUGCACUUUUGGUUCCAGAUUUAUUGUUACGGCCUUAGGAGUCAUCUACUUGCAAUUGUUUUCCUAGUAAUUCACGCCACUUAUGAUUUCUCUCGUUCAGUUUAUGGGCUUUUUUAAGACUAUGUAGCUGUUUUAGUCAAGCCUGGCAACUACCCCAAUGAAUGGGAAGUCAGUUAAAUUGGAUCGUUACGGUUUCUCUUUUGUCAGCUUUGUGCUCAGAGCAGGGUCAUUACUGGGCCUAAGCUGUUCGAUACUGUACUAAAAUUGGCCCGGACAUGUAGAGGUGGUCAUAACUGUCUGAAACAAACUAAAAGCUGUUCUUUUUUUUUUUUUUUUUGGGAUAACUUUACUGUCCUUUUGUGAACCAGCAAUGCAUAGACGCGAUUUUGAUUCCCUGGCUGAACCAGAAUUGAAACCAGAACUAGAACUAGAACCAGAACUAGAACUAGAACCAGAACUAGAAACACUCAGCGCAGGUCUUCUCUUGAAUAGUACAAUAGUUCACGUAAGUUUCCUCCAUUAUGUUUGGAUAACGCAAUGAAUCCAUUAUGUCAGUGUGAUGCAUAUCUUGUUCAUCUGUGAUCAACUUAAAAUAAUUUUGUGAUUUGAACUGAGAUGAUACGUCCUGCUCCAGUUGGAUCUGUCUGUUCAUCUCGUCGUCUUCACUCUUACACAUAUGCCUUCUGUGGAGCCGGACAACCUAUUUAAUGAUUGUGUGAGAUUAUCUUUUGAUUCUGGGACAGCCAGAAGUGAUUGCUCCUUUUGCCUCAGGUCGGAAAUCACAAUAUGUAUAUUUUUUCUCCCCUUCCUCGGAUUCGAGGAAGGGGAGGCUUCCGAGAAGCGACAAACCUCGGUUCACAAUGUGCAGAACUCGUCAGUUUUCUUAAAAACCUUGAUUAACAAGAGUUCUAUAUCCCCAUUGUUUUCUUAAAAACCUCUUGGGGUAAUGAAAAUAAAGCAUUGUAGAAUGGUCUAUUACUGAGACAAUCUGGAGUUAAACAUGUUUUACAUUUAUACAUGAUAAAUGGACAGAUACAUCUAGCAUCAACAAUAAGUCUCUUAGUUUUCUGUGUUGAGGUUAUAGCACUGAAGUGAAUAGUGCCUUUUUCUAAACAAAAAGCAUGGAGUACUUUCCCUUUUUGAUGAAUGUUUGGCCGUUUGAGUGGCCGAAGAAAACAUUGUUUCUAUUAUGUAUUUCCCUGGCCUUUAAGGCUUUAAAUCCAGCCGUCUCGAAGCUCUUUUAGCUCGUGUGGUAAUGGAUUCUACUGUCUUGAAAAGCCUUCUGGAAAAAGGAAACAUUUGAGAAACGAAUAACAUAUCCGAUUUAAUAGGAAAUAAUUAUGCUCAUUUCCAUGGUUUUAUAUUUUCUGUGUCUACCUGAAUGAUGUUUGGAAACUUCAUUUCAUGCUUCUAUGCAGGUACUGGAUGUCCAAAAGUUAUUAAUCUUACUUUGCACGGGGAACUUAUGGAGGGCAGUGUGAUCAAAGGCUUUGCUGAGGUUGCAUGGUGUGGUGGAACACCAGCGAAAGGUGUUGCAAGGUGACAUUUGAAUUUCCCUACAAUUCAAAAUCUUUUAUCGGUUUGAAUUUCGUUGUUUUCGUAUAUUGUGAUACCUGAUAGUAGCAGAUAUGCCAUUUCAUCGAGUAAAAAAACCUUGCAUUUUAUAUUUCAGCUGGCUGAGGAGAAGAUGGAAUAGUAGUCCAGUAGUGAUCGCUGGGGCUGAAGAUGAAGAAUAUAGUUUGACGGCUGAUGACAUUGAUUGUAGUCUAGUUUUCAUGUACACCCCUGUGACAGAGGAAGGUAUCAAAGGCGAGCCACAAUAUGCAAUGACUGAUUUUGUAAAGCCAGGUUGGUUUUCUCAAGAAAGUAAAUAGGUUCUUUUCAUCUGAAAGUUUACUAUUCUUUCUACUUGGAUAUGUUUUGUGAUUGAUGUCGAUAUAUUUUCUUUUCUUUCAUGUAGGAUAUAUUUUCCCCUAAUUUAAUAUAUAUUUAAUAUGUAUUAUUUUAAUCUAUAUUCUAUAGUCCAAGAAUUCAUCGUAACCUAGUGUUAGGUAAUAUGAACCCCUUUUUGUAGAUUUUCUCCGGCAUUGGUUGUCUGUCCUACUUUUUAGCCUGAUCGGUUUUACUUUUUCUUGUGACAAGAAGACUACUCAAAAUCAUUACCAAAUAGCGGGAACUCAUUUUUUGUAGAAACUUUGAUCUAUCGUUCGCAAUAAUUUUGCACAAACUUUGUUUGAAAGAGGAGUCCACUGUAAAUCACACAGUUGUGUAUCCAAUUUACAUUAGCAUAUACUGUUUACGUAUAUGCUUGCAUGAUCGAUAUACAUAUAUAUAUUUGGGAACUCGAUUCAUUUUAAAACUUUGCAUGAAGGAUAUAAAUUCAUGUGAAUGGCUCAUUAACUGUAUACCGCGUUCAAUGGUAGGAUCUCAGGGGGACAAUUUUUGUCAAAAGAGAGUCGCACAGUUCGACUUUGAGAAAUGCUAAAGAACAUAGUUUAUUUAUUGAUCUUCAUUCUUGUCACAUCUUCAUCCUAGCUGCGGAAAAUAAUUCCGUAUUGUUUACUAAUGUUGUAAGCCUGUGAUUUGAAUGAUGAAUGCACUGCAUUCAUUGCCAAUUGAUUUCAAGUUGGAUUACUGAAGAACAUUAACAUGGUUUUGGAGCCAAUUUUUUCUCUUGGACGACAUGGCAUUGAUGUUGUCUGCAUGAGAAGGAUUUGGAUCUGUAUAUAAGGUUCUGUUGCGAACAUUCUCGCAUUAGUUACUACAACAACACAUUUGUGAUGACAAAGUUGAGCGUACUCUGAUCAUUACAUAAACAUUUUGAUUUAGAUAUCCCAGUGACUUCGGCAGCUCAAAGAUGGUCCAUCUUCUUAAAUUAUGAUUAUGUAAAGGUUAUGCUUCUUCAAUACUUAGUCAAUUAGGUUUAUCGCUGCAAAGCUUUAGACACGUAAAUGACAGAAGAUAACAAUCAUCUUGGCUUUACUUUGGGCUUACUAUCUGGCGUGUGAAACAUGGAAAGAAAGUUGUCCUUUUAACCUAACGAAAUACCUAGCUGAUGACAGUUUCAUGGCCAUGGCUUUUGAUGAUGAUGACGAUGCCUAUAAUAUUUCUUUUUCAUCAUUUUUUUUUGUUGAUAUCUUCUGGCCACAGGGUUCCUGCUUAUAUAUAAUUGGGUUUAUGUUCUUCAUCCCUAUUGUGCUUGGAUUAUGAACUAAAUGGAAUGUUUGAAAUAAUUCUUUUAUAUUUUCCAUACCUGCUCCAUUGCAGCUUUCCCAUCAGUUCGUAACGUAAGGAUAUUGGGAGAUGCUGUUGAAGGAAAUACUAUCAAAGGUGUUGGUGAAUACUUUGGAGGAAAAGAAGGUCCAAGCAAGUUUGAGUGGUUACGUGAACAGAAGGAAAAUGGGUCAGUGUUUUUCUUUCAUUUUAUUCAUACCUACUCAAACUAAUCAUAUUUUAACUUCAGAGAUAUAUUCCCUUGAGGUUGGGUGAAAAUGCUUUUUGAGCUUAUGCUAUUGUCUGAAAGAAGGCAGUUCUUUUAUCGUCAUGAAGAAAAGCUGGAUGCACGUUAAGAUACAUCUCAAUUAUGGGACAUUACUGUAGAGAUUGAUUAAAUUACGACAAUCCGUAGUCGACUAAGAUGAUGCACACGUAUAUUUACAUCUAGUUAUCUCCAUCUGUGAUGAAUCCUACAUGUGGCGUCAUUUACAGAGGCCGGUUCCCGUCAAAAUCAGACCUAGGAUUGGUUAAGGUGGAAUCCAGAUAAACUGGGGGAUAGUUCAUAGGUCUGGUUCAUGACAUGAUCGAACAUCAACCUCUCAACGUAAACAAAAUAUCUUCACUGGAAUCUCCAUAAAAGGCUAUUCUGCAAUACCUUAACUUAAGGAGAUUCAGAAUAAAAAUGAUUGAAUCAUCCAAAUAAUUCUGCAAGGAUUGGAAUAAAGUUAGAAAUUAAUUAGUUAUCAGGAUCUUUAUAAAACUCGGACCUGAUUUGACGAAUUUCUUUCUCCGUUGCGGGAAAAUCAGCCAAAAGAGUUAAAAACGUGUGUCGUUUUACAUUCUGAGGAGAACCUUCUUUCUCGCUUUGUUUGGCGCCUUAGGUUUAGGGAGAAAAUCAUGAGGACAUAAGUCUCAAUCUGUGACAUUCAUUUGUUAAAUAUCAUUUGUGAAGGAGAAUGAUAUUGAAAAUGGAUUCGGGUAAACAAUGACCUAUUGCUCACAUCUUUUAGGUUGAAAUCUUAUCUAACAGGUGGGUAAAUAGCAGCUGAUCUUACUAAAGAUCAAUCUAUAAAGAAUAUCAUCACACUUCUGCAUGUAUCAUUAUAUUUUUUAUUUGUUACCUAACUUAAGAAUCACAGGCAUUUAGUCCGUGGCCAUUAGAUCACCAGUAUCAAUUUUUAUUUCCAUCAUUUUUCCCUUUUUCCAUCUUUUAAUCCAUGUGCAAUAUUAAUUGAACAUCAGCGAAAGAGCUGUAUGAAAAAGAAUUGAUGUCUUAUGAAUGACGAAAAUACAUCAUGGACAUUUUAUAUUUUGUAAAUUUUGAGUUCGAUAUUUUUCUGGUGUAGUGAGCUUCAUGUAGUAUCUGUGGGUGCGGCGGAGUACUCACUGACGAAAGAUGAUGUUGGGCGGCGAUUGUCAUUUGUGUAUAUUCCUAUAAAUUUUGAAGGUACUUUAUUGAAUCUGAUGAUGGGUGUCUUGAUUCUUCAUUUUCCCCUUUUUUUGUUGGAUAUUCGUUUUAUGAUAUCCUUUUCUAUCUAACUUUCAGGACAGGAAGGGGAAUCUGUUACUGUCAUGAGUGAGAAAAUCAGAAAGGGUAAUUUCGAAUAUUUAUACUGACAUUCUCGUCUAAAUUUCGGAAAAUAGUCAUAUCCAGUUACAUCCCAUAUUCUUUUGGUUCUGCAUGCACAUAAUGAUGAUUUAUAUAUACUAUUAAUAUCAUUUCUGCUUCACAUGUUCUUUUGGUGGACUUGUAAAGCGGAAAGAUCUACAAAAGAUGAAUAAUUUUGAUAUUCUGUUUAUGAGAUCGAACUUUGAAAUUUUUUCUUGUACUAUUUUCUAUUGACCUGCAGGAUUUUGGCUACCUCAGAAACAUGAUUCUUUAUCCGUGGAAAUUGUUAAUUCCAUGCCUGGGGACUACCCAUGCUUUGUUUUUCUGACCUAUAGUUUAUUGCGAGCCUAGUAAUACAUCUAAAAAACAACUGUAUUGUUACAAGAUGAAUCUUCUAGAUGGUGGGAAACUCUGAUGCUCCUCCGUUUUACUGUCGGGGUCACAUUAUAUUUUUGAUGUUGGUAACAUGGGUUAGAUUUGUUUCUGCUUCUGUGCACGAAGGGGCCCUUUGCAGGUUACGUGGAAGUUAUUUGGAGGCGUAUACAGCUUACCAUAUUGCAUUGCUUUUUUUCACCGUUCAAUAGUUCAUGUUAUCUGUCGCUCUCUUUUAAUUGGAUGGAUUCGAGGUUGCUAAAAACCAUCUGUUACUUGGACCGAUAGGUGGUAUUCAUAUCCAUUUAAAAAUAGUGUAAUUUCAUCUAGUUGAACACGCUUGUAUCUAUUUAUCUGCAUUUUUCAGUUGUUUUGGAUAAACGAAUACUUUUCGUUUCCCGGUUUUUUACAGAACAUAAAUCACAAUUUUCAUGUUAUUUCUAACGGGACAUUGUACAGUUUCUCACUAGCUCACAUCUUUGCUUGCGUCCCCAUUUCAGCCCCUCCAAGGGUGAGCAAUUUGAAAAUAGUUGGAGAUGUAAGGGAAGGGAAUAAAGUAACAGUAACUGCUAUUGUCACUGGGGGAACUGAAGGAUCCAGCAAAGUUCAAUGGUUUAAGAAGGCUGGCUCGUCAAAGUUUGAGGAUGAGAGUAGUCUUGAAGCACUGAGCACAUCCAAGAUUGCAAAGGUGGGGGAAAGAAACAGUAAUUUCUGUUUAUUUAUGUUUUGAAGCAUAGUCAUAUCUUCAGGCUACACUUCUGCUCAAGCAUUUUGUCUCUUUCGACUUACUCCAUUGGGUUAUACAAAUUUUUAGGCUUUCCGGGUUCCUCUUGGUGCUGUCGGCUACUAUUUAGCUGCUAAAUUCACACCUAUUGCGCCAGAUGGUGAAACAGGAGAACCAGCGUAUGCCAUUUCUGAGAAGUCAGUUGAAAGUAAGUACUUUUUAGGAUGCUAUCUCUUUGUUUCUCUUCUUGACUACCUGAUCUAUCUCUUUGUUUUUAUUUACAAUGAGGAUUCAUAGUGUGCUAUAGGCGAUGAAAUGAUGGGAAAAAUCCAGUAGGUGAGGUCCACCAAACGGCUACUAUUGUUAUUCGUCCAGGAAAAAAUGGCUUUACGUCAUUGUCAGCAAAGAAAGAAAGACUUCUGUCUUCAUGCCUUGUUUAAGUUAGUACAGAUAGCUUGGUGACAUGAAAUUAGUUAAAAGGAUAAAAAUAAUGACGCAUAUUGAUGAUCGUAUGAGAUAUAUUGAUGUCUUGGUAGCUACUCGAACGAAUCUGAAGCAAUUCAAAAUCUCCUAAUGUUCGGACUCUUUAUAGUUAACCAUAUCCAUGCCCAAGGUCUAGAAACAAAUUUUCAAAAUAUGGUUAUUGCUCGAAUUAUCAUGAUUGUUAUUAUACGUUUUAUCCCAUCAAGAUUGGGUGGCGUACAUUCAAUUAUAGGCUCAAAGAUUGGGAUAAAUUUCUGAUCGGUUACUUGCCUGGGGCCAAUAAUCUUCAGGAAAGCACAGACGUGGUUAAGAUGUCUGACGAGAGAGGAUCUGUCAAAUAUCUUACUGGACCAAUUAGCGGAGAAAACUGCACUCUUAUCUGCAUUCCAAGGUCACAAGCACAGGACAAACCUCAAAGCAUCUUCUAGGCUUAGGAAUAGUCGAUACCAAGAGUGAGAGAAUGAUGCGUGAUGCUGGAAUAUUUGACCUUCUCUAUGGCAGAUCUCGGUUGAAAAUGAAUGAUGGCAAAAUCCUAUUUAUUUAAAACAUUUAUAAAAUCUUAAAUUGUGCUCUUUAUCAAAACAGAUCGUGUACUACUUCGGGGUCUUUUCUUCCAUAGGUUAAUUCUGUGUAGAAAACAAUUUGAUCAUCAAUAUCCAUGGAGACAUCUGUUUUCUUAUAUUUCAACGGAUUGACCCGGCCUGGUCGUGGGGCCCAGAUGCCCAGAUUUCCAUAAGGUUAUGACUGCUCCAUGUUCACCUCCUGCAUGGAAGCUCACUCACAUGCUUCACACCCCACGUGCGGCUGUUUGUGCCAGGCUUGGCCUGAGGCCUAGCUCAUUUCCGGAACAUCAGCAUAUUGAGGAUGAUAUGAGAAAAUAUAAAUUUAAAUCUAUGUUGCAAAUAAAUAACAUGUCUAAUGUUGAACAUGAAUGAUCUUCCUGUAUGAAUUUUUUCAAUUUCAUAGAUCAUUUUUUAAGCGAAACCUAUGUUUACCUAAACUUAUCUUUACUAAACUUAUGGUCAAUGGUUAUCAGCUUUGCCGCCAAGCCUGAAUUUUCUGUCAGUUAUCGGCAACUAUUAUGAGGGUGACAUGUUAACGGCAUCAUAUGGAUAUAUAGGAGGGCAUGAGGGCAUAAGUCUGUAUGAUUGGUUCCUUCAUGAGGUAAAUGCUUGGCCUUUCUCGCUCUAUGGGAGAAGUAAGAAUCUUUCUUGUUUCACGCUAAUGUUUCAACCUACCUGCAGAGUGAAACCGACUCGGGCACCUUGAUUCCGGAGGCAUCAGGUUUUCUACAGUACCGGAUAACAAAGGAUGCCAUUGACAAGUUUGUUUCCUUUAAAUGCACUCCUGUGCGAGAUGACGGGAGUGUUGGUGAGCCAAGGACCUGCUUGGGAUUGGAUCGAGUUCAGCCUGGUAAUUAUGUUCGCCUUCGUGACCCAAAAGAAUCAUAAACUCUUGGAGGAAAAAAUUAUGCUGAUGAAAUUUUUAUCUAUACGUAGGGAGUCCAAGGUUGUUAUCAUUGCAGAUAAUCGGUGAGGCUAUUGAAGGAAUAACACUUGUGGCUGAAAAAAAAUACUGGGGAGGGGAAGAGGGUAACUCAGUUUUUCGUUGGUUCCUGGUAUGGUAUUAAUUGCUAUGCUUUCCUUGUGAGUAUAUUUUUGUUUAUCCCUUGUGUUUCUUUUGAGAGUUGACUGCAUUGUUUAAUGACAUUUUGCAGAAAAACUUUGAUGGAGUGGAAAAAGAAAUUAAAGGUGCGUCAGCUGCGUGUUAUACACCGUCCAGUGAUGAUAUUGGCUGCACAAUAUACGUUUCAUGCGAACCUGUAAGAAAUGAUGGAGCCUGUGGUCCAACUGUUCUUUCAGAGCUUGUUGGGCCUGUUUUACCAGGUUUGUAGUCAUUAGUAAUCUGAUGAGCCGAGUUACUUACUGUAAGUUGCUUGAAAUACUUGCAGGACAACUGUCCUACCUGAUUGUUUGUCAUUUUGUCAUUUGUGCUUUUGUGCAUUGCGAUUAUCUGUAACAUGCUGUUUUAACUAGCUAAUAGUAUCAUAUUCUUUUAUGACUGUUUAAUCUAAAACUAAAUUGCAGAAUCAACAGUAUUGACCAUGGUCUUGGUUUAAAGUUUUUGAACCCAGAGUUCGUUCUUUCAACUAAUUGAUCUGGCUGAGAAUUUGAAACCUUGAUCUGAAAUAGGCAUGGAAAUUAGCUCCCAUCCAAACCUAAUAACGGUGGUUAAAAAAUUGGAGUAAUUCAAAUAAAAUAAGGAAUCUUUGGGUUAAUGAAUUUGUAGAAGAUUUGAAUCUGAUCUGGCGCACUGUCAGGUAACCACAGCGCAAGUGGAGAGAAAAAUCCUCUAUUAUUCGUUAAAAGGAAAAACUCUAUUACAAAGGAAGUGGGAUCUGGUAUUUAUAUCAGACCCCUGGAAGGUUCUAGACACAGACAUAUAACUACAAAAACUUACGGUAAACUAGACAGUAUACUAGACACAUCCCGACGACAGAAUUCACUUGGAGUUCUUUCAAGUUCGGGGCUCAUUUGACAGCUGUUUCACUAUUCGUUUAUUGGCAAUAAGACCUAAUUCUAUCUGUAAGCAUCAAGAUCUACGCUAAUGUUUUGAUCUGGUUGAUCUGUUCUAAGUCCGCGACUGUAGGCUUACCCCUACUCUACCACACAUUUUCGAAAAAAGAAUGACCUAUCCUCUGUCUCUGCUAUCGUUCAUUGAUAUUUUUACCUUGUAUAUGCAUUGAUUGGUAUAUCAUUCUGCCACCCUUUCCCAAUGUUAGCAUUUCAGCAUCCAACUCUCAUUCGUGUGUGCGUGGGGAGGGGUAUGCCUGCAUGCAUCACAGAAUGAGUAAUAAGUGUGUAUUAUUUUCAUUUUUGAAGUAAUCUACCUUCAUGCGUCAAGUUGUAAGGCUUUUUCUUUUUAAUUGCUUGAUUUUUCUAUCCUUCCAUUGAUCUAUUAUCAUGUUCGUUCGUAGAUAUUUUCAUUGCCUUUAUGGUUAUGCUGUUUUCUGUGUCGGGAUGACUGGUAACAUAUGACACUUGGAUUUUGAAUCAACUAUCCACCUCUCUGUUUAUUGAUUUGCAAUACUUUGUUUUAUGUCCAGUGUAUUAUUCUAGUUUAAUCUCUGUUACUUGAUGUUUUUCAGGGCCACCUGCCUGUCAUUCGCUUAAAUUUCUGGGUUCAAUGACUGAAGGAGAGCGUCUGAGCUUUACUGUCGCAUAUGUUGGAGGGUAUGGGUGUGAAUAAAACAUUCCUUGAAUUUUUUGAGGUUAAUUUUGUGUUGCCCAAGGAAUUGAAAUUUCAUGCUUCUGCAUUCCAGGGAGAGAGGGGAGUGCACACAGGAAUGGUAUAGGGUUAAAAACAACAGGUUCAGGGAGAAGCUAAGUAACACUGGUGAGUCUAUAUUUAUAUUAUUCUCACGUCAUAGAAGAAAUGUAUGAAAUCCUUGUGUCCUAUAAUCGAAAAAAAUGCCAAUUGUAUCUCUUAAUUAUUGAAAUCCUAGUGUUUGGCUAGUUUAACCUUGCAGAUAGUUCCUUUAUGUUUCUUUCAAGUUUUCAGAUCAUUGACUAAUAGCUACUGUCUGCCAUUUGGGGUCUAAACUGGGUGGAGAGUAUAUUGUAACUUCAUGGGUUGUGAUGCCCGAUUAUUACCUCAUAAAUAUCUGUUAUAUACUCCAAUCAGCUAUUACUACAUGUGUUGUUCCAAGUCUCUCACCGUUAUAACUGUACUUCAUUUUUUUUCUUUUCAUGUUUCGAGUCCUUUUCCUUCGUACCUACCUAAACAUACUUUCAGGCUUUGACCGGUUAUUCUUUUAAUCAUGUUUAUUGUCUACAUUAUCAUGAAAUACAAUACCCUGAUGCCGCUACGUUUUUAAAAUACCUUUUUUUUUCCUUUCUCUUCACCCGGUUGUGUUAUUUUGGCUGAUCAUUGUGGCCAGCUUAGGAAUCAACAUCCACAAAAUCUGUAUAUCUUUGCUAAAAUGCUGCUGAUUAUCAAUGUCUUCUGCUUUACAAUUUACGAUAUACAAUCAUCUUCUUCAAAAACAAGUCAUACUCAGUAUGGGAUUUACAACAAUGCCCGAUGUUUUUCCUCUCUUUCCAAGAAAGGUAGCUGCGGAAUACGAUUUCUACGUUAAGCUUCCUGGUCCCGCCCUCUGUAUCUUCUUACUGCUAACCGUGGGAUGCGCCGAAAAUAGGAUUCCAUUCCUAAGAAUUUACUUAUUAUAUUUCACGCAUGAUCUUUGUCAACAUAGCUGUGAACUGAACUGAGUAGUAGGUUUCCUAUUAUAAUUUGUUAUGUUAACCACUCUAGAACUCGAUUCAAUUUUAUUCAUAACUGAAUUCAUCGUCUUCACAAUAUUUUAGUCAAAGCAGUUUCUCUUCUUCACUUUCACUAAUUAUCUUUCUUGUGAUCUUCUUUUCGCCAUUGUUUCCUUUGAUUAUUUCACAUUUUUCCUUUGAUGCGUUCACAUUUUGAUGCGUUCUUCCACAUGCAGAGUUCUUGGACUUGACUCUUUCAGAUGUCGGGCGAUGCAUUGAACUUUUUUACACACCCAUACGGAAGGAUGGAUUAAGAGGAACCCCAGUUAGCAUUGUUUCAACUGUGAUUUCUCCAGGUAUGGUGGAGUUGAGGAUGUUUGUGUAAACAUAUGGCACCUAACACAUUGGCGUGGCUUCUUCCACAUUCAGAAAAAUAUGGAUCUAGAAGUUAAUUGUCUGCAUACUCAUUGGACUUAUUCGCUGAAUGUGGAACAAGCUUUUUUUGUUUAUAUUGUAAUUAUUUUCUGUUUCAAAAAAAAAAUAAUCAUCUUGUGUAGUCGGUGACUUGGUGAGUUUUAAUGCUGCUUAUCUCACUUGAACAGCGGAACCAAAGGGUUCUGAACUUGUUGUUCCGGAUUGUUCCGAGGACCACGAAGUCGUUCCUCAAAAAUCCUAUUAUGGUGGAGAAGAGGGUAAUGGGCAAUAUGUUUGGUAUAGAAGUAGAAGGAAACUUGAAGGUUCAGAGCUAAGAAAUAUUUCUCACUCUAAUGAGGCUGUUAUCUGUGGAAAAAUGCAGUAAGCUUUGUGACUUUAGUUCUGUUUCCUUAUCAUGCCUGUUUGAUAUGAUCUUUGACAUCGAUGAUCGGUCAUCAUAGGACAUAUACACCAUCUCUUGAGGAUGUUGGUUUGUAUCUGAUACUGUACUGGGUACCUACACGAGUUGAUGGAAAGCGUGGUGAUCCUUUGGUGGCCAUCAGCAACUCCCCUGUCACAGCAGGUCAUGUUACUUUCUGGGUACGAAAUACAUUUUUGUUAGUUCUUUCUGAUAUUAAUAUAUCUUCUUGGUAAUGUACAGCCCCCCCUGUUGUAUCUGGUGUCCAAACAAAAGAGCUGUCAGUUGGAGUAUAUAUUGGAGAAGGUAUUUACUAUGGUGGACAUGAGGGAUCGAGUAUGUACAGCUGGUACAGAGAAACAAAUGAAGGAGCAAUUACUCUAAUCGAUGGAGCAAACUCUAACACAUACGAAGUUAUAGAUUUGGACUACAAUUCCCGUUUGUUAUUUGGGUAAAUCACUCUCCUAUGGUUCAGGUCACAAGGUUUUGAUCCCUUUUGUCUUAUUAUUUUGGCUAUCCUAUGCCAUGAGCAUUGCUAUUAAUUGUCUGGAGUGUGUUUUGAAUAUUUCUGGUCCUAGUAGAAGUCUGAUAUCAUCAUAUCUCCCAGACUAUGGAAUAAAUGAGGCUAGCUCGAAUAUCAUGUGUAGUUCACAUAAUAAGUAAAUAAGAGCUUGGUUGAUUUAUUCAUUCCUAAGGGUAUCCGAUUAUGGUUCGAGCUCAAUUGCCAGCUCUAGUAACUUGGAUCUCCACCAGAUGCGGGUAGAUUGUCUUGGACGAAAUAGCCUUGAGAUACCUGAUAUAUAUAUAUAUAUAUAUAUAUAUAUAUAUAUAUCAUUGUCAUGUGCUUUGGAAAAAUGUUGCACCGAUGCCUGUUGCAUAAAUGAACGAAGAAAUGUACCCUGUUUCGAUGAUGGGAUAAUUUCAGCUGACUUGUGUUCCUAGUGAACGAAACUGGGUGUGCCUUCGAUCCGGUUGAACGGAUUACCCUUGAUCGCGUUUGCCACAUUUGUUUUCUAUCUUGGGUAUUUUUUCCCAUUUUUAAUGCAUUUCUCUCUUUCACUGUUGCCUGUUCUCACACUCAUUGCGAUGAAAUAUGACGUGAACAAUCGGUGUCUAGACAUCAUUUUAGUUGAGAUGAACUUCCAGGUCUUAAGCUUUGGAGCUAACUGGAAGUUGGGUUAAUGCUCGUUACUUCCAGUUCUGUUGAACUUAAUUCCAUGUGUCAGUUGGACGUGUCAUUUGAUAAUCAAAAGAACUUCAAGCUAGAUUACUUUAUAUUCUACGUAGCCCCUGGAUCAUAUAGAAUGCUGGUAACAUGGAUGAGACUCUUUUCUAACCAGGAUGGAGGUUUCAUUCUCGAGCUUUAUAAGAAAACAAGUUUGUGUCAGCCAGUUGUAUGGUUUACUUGAUGGAGCUUGUAGGAAUUCUAACAAGUCUGCAAUAGCUGCCGUCAUUUUCUACUGAAAAUCUCCUCGUGUUGAAAAGCCAUGAUCCCGAUGUUUGUGAUUGUGCCCACUUUCACUCUCAGAUUUCUUGUUAUUUUUGUUACUUUUAUGAGCAUAAUAGCAAGUUAUCACUACCUAAACUCAUUUUCUCACUUGAAUUCUAAUUCAUUUGGCAGGUAUACACCUGUUCGCUCCGAUUCAGUCGUUGGGGAGUUGAGACUCUCUGAGCGCACCGAUAUUAUUCUUCCUGGUAAUUAAAAAUAUAUUUUCCCUCAUUCUAUAAUUCUUUAUCUACGAAUAAAUAUCCUGUGCUCAUUUUCUUGAUUAUUUUUGUGAUUGUACUUCUAUCCACUGAUUCCCUGCCGAUCAUACUUUGAUCCUGACUUUAGAACACAUUUCGUGCUAUAAUAAUUCAUCCAUGCAUAAAUGGUAUGUUCCAUGGCCAAUAUUGCUCAUUUCAUAUGUGUAGCAGUGCAAAUGAGGGCUGUUCAUAGAGUUGGUCGGCUUAAUAGUUGAGCAGUUACAUCAAUUUACUUGUGGGACUGAAGAGGAUUCAGUGUUUGGCGUUUGGGCAGCAGUUUCAUAUGUAGUAAUCAAAACCAUGCAUUCUUAUUAUUGAAUUAUAUUUAUUUAUUAAGUGAAGAAAAAGAGAUGAACUAGGUAUCCGAGGAAUGAAACAUGAUGUUUCUUCUCCGUGACAAUAUUUUCAUGGAAAAUAAAAAAAAAUAAAAAAAGAGUGACCCACCAUGACAUGGAUCUCAACAACAACCUCCACCUAGUUGUUAGUCGAUGGAAAAGAUUGAGAGCAUAUCUGCAUUUCAUCAUUUGUGGUUAAGAGGCUCCCAAUCAUCUCCUCAGAGAUCCCGAAGAUCCAAAGGCUCUCUUUCGCCGGAAGUGCAGUCGAAGGCGAGACACUGACUGCCGUGGAGAUCAUCCCCGAGAGCAUUACCCAGAGAAACGUUUGGAGCAAAUACAAGGAGAAGGUCAAAUAUCAAUGGUACGUUGCCAAAUCCUGUGAAUGGUAUUAUUUCUUCCGGCCUGGAGCUGUAUGUCGAUCACACAACCACCCGUUCGUCCAUAUGAUCUUUUCCUGCAGGUUCAUCACUACAGAAAGUGAUGACGCUCGGUCCUUCGAGGUUCUAUCCUCCCAAAGAUCGUGUUCAUAUAAGUUGCAGCUGAAGGACAUUGGUCGAUGCCUGAGAUGCGAGUGCAUUGCUACAGACGUUUUUGGAAGAUCUAGUGAACCCGUGUCAGCUGUAACGUCUCCGAUAUUACCAGGUUUGAUGCCUCGUAAUGCUGCUGCUGCUGUUGUUUUUCUGCUCAUAUCACCUUCGAUCCGAGGCUAGGAGGGCCUCCUACUCCUUGUCAAGCAACCAACCUCCUCAGAAAACACACACACACACACACACAGAAACACCAGGAGAAAAAGGAAAAAUAAAAAAUAAAAAAUAAAAAAUAAAAACGAAAAAGGAAAAAAAAGAUGUGUAUGCAUAUUAUGUUUCGGGGAGGAUUUUUUUCCUGAAUUGGUCGAUAUUUGUCAACUCUGAGAAGACUUGUUGUGCGACUAUUUCAUUGAUCUCUCUCUUUGUUCUCUUGGUCCCUUUUUCCUGUUUUAUUCUUCAAUUUUAUUAUUUUUAAAUAUGAUAAAUUAUCUUUACAUUUCUGGCAUUCAGAAAUUAUCUUGUAGUUUACACUGAUUUCUGAAUCUGCUGUGGCCCAUAAAACCAAGCACACAACCCCCCCCAGUUCAUAUGGCCUUUCGGGGGAAUAUUCUCUCGAUGCCCACCUUGCAUCGAGACAAUAUGAAAAAUCAUGUUUCUGGAGUUGACCAAUCAGGAAUGUUGCAUUAUGUGAAGGAGUGGUCUUUUAUUUUUAAUUUUAAUUAAUUAAUUAAUUAAUUAAUUAAUCUUGGUCAGGGAUUCCCAAGAUUACCAAGCUGGAGAUCGAAGGCAGAGGUUUCCACACGAACUUGUACGCGGUCCGUGGUACAUAUUUUGGUGGAAAAGAAGGGAAGAGCAAGAUUCAAUGGCUAAGAUCGAUGGUCGGGAGCCCAGAUCUCAUCUCCAUACCUGGUACGCCAGAUUUAUGCGUUGACCUGUUCUUCACUAAUUUCGCAAGGUCAACUCCAUCCAGUGUUUCUGCCUUUCUCCAAAAUCGAAUUCAAAGGCACUGUUCUACAGAAGCUUAGGGGGGACUCUCAAAAGUCAACCCUUUCCCCCCACAGAUCGUCUUGCUUAGAUGGGCAUGCAGUAGAUAUUGUCGGUUUAAGUUGGCAGUCUGCGUCAGGCCAUUUUUUGACGCAGAAAGGAUAGGGGACUGUUCUACAGAAACAUAGGGGGGACUCUCAAAAGUCAACCCUUUCUUCCCCACAGAUCGUCUUGCUUAGAUAGAUGGGCAUGCAGUAGACAUUGCCGGUCUAAGUUGGCAGGCCAUUUUUUUGACGCAGAAGGGGAGGGGGACUGUUCUAGAGAAGCUCAGGGGUUUCCCAAAAGGUCAACCCUUUCCCCCAAUGAUCAUCUAGCUUAGAUGGGCAUGCAGUAGGUAUUGGCGGCCCAAGUUGGCAUUCUGCGUCUGGCCUUUCCUCUGCUUCCCUGAUUAGGAAUGGAUCUUGGCCCAAGUUGGCACUCUCUCGUACUGUUUUUUAUUUAUUUAUUAUUUUUUGUGGUGGUUGACCGUGCUGUUCCUUUUGUGUAGGUGAGACCGGGAGGAUGUAUGAGGGGAACGUUGACGAUGUGGGUUACCGGCUGGUGGUAGUCUACACUCCGGUGAGGGAGGAUGGAGCGGAGGGCGAGCCCGUCUCUGCAUCGACCGAGCCCAUAACCGUCGGUAUGGUUCAUAAAAUAACGGAUUUUAGAUAGCAUUUUCUCAAAGGCGUUGACUCUCCUUUGCCCCGUUUCCUUCCUUUUUUCUGGGAGAACUCAGGGGGAGUUGACCUUUUUCUUCUUUUGCCCACAGAGCCGGAUGUUUACAACGAAGUCAAGCAGAAAGUGGAGCUCGGAUCACUCAAGUUCGAGGUGUAUUUUCAUGCUUCAGCUCCAACUCGUCUCCUGCAUAUAUUUUCUUUCUUCUUCUUCCGUAGAAUUCUUCUAAUGGUCAAUUCCUCGCUGUCUCUCUCUCUCUCUCUCCUGGUCUUGCUCUGUGGCAUCAGGUGCUCUGUGAAAGGGGUCAGUCCGCGAAGGUACGUGAGGUCAACCCAGCUGGAUCCUCCUCUGCCACAGCAAGUUCUGACCUGACCAGACGAUGGCUGCUCCUCGCAGGCUCCAGGGUCUGGAAACCUCGAGAGAAGGAUUCUAGAAGUCAACCGGAAAAGGGUCAAGGUCGUCAAACCGGGCUCCAAGACCUCCUUCCCCACGACCGAAAUCCGCGGCUCUUACGCCCCACCCUUCCACGUAACCUUCUUCUUCCUCUCUCUCUCUCUCUCUCUCUCGCUUUCUCUUUCUCUCUUUCUCUCUUUCCCUCUCUACGUGUGUAUGGAAGAAAACGUACACAUUUGCAGGUGGAGGUGCUCCGGAAUGACCAGCACCGGUUCAAGGUGGUAGUGGACGGCGAUAACGAGGUGGAGCUGAUCGUGCAGACACGGCACCUCCGGGACCUCAUCGUCCUCGUCAUCCGCGGCCUCGCUCAGCGCUUCAACAGCACCUCCCUCAACUCCCUCCUCAAGAUCGAAACCUGA